UAAGUUCUAAAAAUUCCACCUCCAAAACCCGCCCCUUCCAUUCAUAUCUGUUCCAGUUUAGAUCAGGCUUUCACGAUAUCCUUCAUGUAAUAAUAAAGAAGCUUCCCAUCCUUUUUUACACCAAUACUUGGAACCAAACACACACUUGUCAGAACCCAACGAAAACCUCAAUCUUCUUCUAAACUUCUUUUCUUCUUAGUUUAUUGGACUUACCCAUUGUUUGCUGAUGAAUUUUCUUCUUCAUCGAACCAGUUUCAGCCUUUGAAUGUGAAGGGAGAAAAAGAUGGUUGGUGGUAGUCAUCAUCGUGUUGUCGAAGUAAAGAGAGAAACUUUAGAGUCAUGCAUGACAUGCCCUCUUUGUAAUAAGCUUUUAAAGGAAGCUACAACUAUUUCCCUGUGUCUCCAUACGUUCUGUAGGAAGUGCAUAUAUGGGAAGCUCUCGGAUGAAGGGAUGGAUUGUUGUCCCAUAUGCGACAUUGAGCUGGGAUGUCUGCCAGUUGACAAACUCAGACCAGACCACAGUUUACAAGAAGUAAGGGCAAAAAUUUUCCCUUACAAAAGAAGAAAGAUAAGUGCUCCCGAGGUUAUGCCUUCAGCUUCACCACCAGCAAAAAGAAAAGAAAGAUCACUGUCAUCAUUGGUGGUCAGUACUCCCAAAGUGCCAAUGCAGCGUGGUUUGACUGGAAGGAGAACGAAAGCUACUGCACGAAAAAGGAUUGCUGAUUUUCGAUGGUGUAGUUUCUCUGUUGAGGGGUCCCCUAAGAAAGAAGAUUCCGCAGAAGAUCAUUCCUCAGGCUCAACCUCACCUGAUUCCUCAAACAAAAUUAGUCAACGUAAAAGGCAGGAUUGUUCCGGUGCAAAACCUUCUAGUGAACACAGGUCUAAUGAAGAUACAGAUGAUGUUGAAAUUAUGGAAGGGAAAGCAGAUCUGUGGACAUCCUUAAACUGUCUUGUCGAAGCAGCUAACAGAAAGUCAUCCAAGUUAAAUUCACAGGCAUCACCAGCUUCUGUAUCUGAGCCACAUAAUGGCCCUGAUCGUCACUUAUAUGCGCCUGAAAUAAAAGCUGGCCUUGAAUCCCCAACUGUUCCUGAUGGAAAAUUGAGUAUUCAUAAAUAUAAAAGUAAGGAGCAUCGGCUGAAUUCAAAAGUCCUGGAUGAAAAGAAUGGGGCAAAUUUGAUUACAAAACCUGUGAAACGUAGAAGGUUGCAUGCAGAAGCACAAAAGAAGGCAGCUGCCUCCAAUAGGAUCAUGCUAGACACUUUGGGGUCUAAGUGGAAUACAAAAAACAAUCCAAUUUGGUUCUCAUUAGUUGCUUGUGAAGACCGGAUAGGACAUAUUUCCCUUCCACAGCUUUCUGCAUGCUACUUGAGGAUAGGGGAUGGUAAAAUGCCAGUCUCAUUCAUCCUAAAGUACCUUGUAAAGAAACUUGAUCUUACAAGUGAAGCCGAGGUGGAGAUCAUGUGCCAAGGUCAACCGGUCGUACCAUCAUUACAACUUCAUAGCUUGGUAGACUAUUGGUUUCGUACUGCAUCUACAGCGAAGAAGAUCCCAGCAACCGUCGGCUCAUCAGCGAAGGACUUCGUUAUGGUUCUAUCGUAUUGCCGAAAAGUCCAAGCUCCCUGAGACGCCCGUUUAAUCUUUUUUUUCAUGUUCUGUCCGUAUUCAUUCGCAACUCCAAUCAUCUAAACAUAUAUGUCAUCUUAGGUAGGAUCAUCAUAGUUUU